AUGUUGGGUCUGGAUGAGAAUGACCGUGCUCGGGUCAAUUGGGAAAAAGAAUGCCACAAGGGUGACCUCAAGCAGGAGCUAGCCAGUAUCUUCAAUCAAGCUGGUCACACCUUCUUCCAGCUUAUCCGGUCAGGGGAGGUUGGAGCUGUGCGGAAUUUACUGGUCGCCCAGCCAGCUCUGGUGGAAAGUGCUGAUGCUGCUGGCAACACAGCCCUGCACGUGGCGGUGCAGAAGUCUUUCAAGCAUCAAAAGGAGAUCGUACAGCUUCUUUUGAGCCAUGGAGCAAUCCUGAGUGAGAAUGGGCUGAAUCAAGAAACUCCUCUGCACCUCCUCUGCCGUCGAUGUGCUGCACAGAUGUACCAGAGUGGCUAUGACUGGCCCCCGGGAAGGAAGUGGGAGGAAUGCAAAGGAUGGUCACCUUCAAAGGACAAAGUGGAUGCAGAAGAUGGUGCAAAAGACGAGCUGUUCACCCUCACCAAG